AUGGCGACUUCGCGUACGGAUAGUUCCACAGCGGUGAUGCUGCUGCUCCGCGCCCUCUACCCGCACGUCUCGCGGGACUCCCUCGCCGCUGCGGUGCGGGAGACGGGGGCUGGCGGGGUGGAGGCCGCCGUGCGGGCCGUCAACGCCCACGUGAACCCCAACAGCUCGGUUCUCGCCCACGUGAGACUCGCGGCCGCGGCCGGGGCUGAGGGGUCGCCGCGGCCGCCGCCACAACAACAACAACAACUGGAGCAGGAGCGGGCGGCUCUCCUCGAGGAGAAGCCCUUCGGUAACACGGCGUUGACAGACGAGUACUGCUCCGCGGUUGGUGUCUUUGCCGUUGAUACCACAGCGUGGGAUGCACACUUCCUCAACGGAGCCACACUGCCGGAUCUCAUCGGUGGACACCCACUCGUCUUGCCAGAGGAAAGAGGAGAGGAGCAAGAAGAUCAACGACAACAGCGUGAGCAGGACAAGAAACAGAAGGAAAUGAGAUGCAAGAAGGGGACUGACAUGCAGACCCCAAUUGUGUGCUGGGCUCCGACACUGGAAGCACUGGGAGAAGCAGAAACAAGUGGCUUACCGAAAAGGAUGAACUCUAACGAUAAUGUAGCACCUUUUGUCCGCCCACUGGAGAGAGAUAUUAUGAUAUGUGGAAACCGCCAUAGCGAUCAAGCCUCAGGUAGUAACAUGGAGAAAGGAAUGUUAGAGAUGACAGUAACAGAUGAUAGUAUUAGUGCCAAUACUAGAACUUCUACUGUUGCUCUUAAUAAGGUGUCCAAUCGUCCCUUAUUGUCACCGUUGCAAUAUAGUCUUUUAGCGAUUGAAGAGUUGAAUGAUGCUAUUAAUAAACUUGACUCUUGGAAGUCUGUUUUCAGUUACCAUGAGAGCUGUUAUGUAGUAAAAGAUAUUGCUGACCACAAUCCUGCAGUGGUAAGUUUAAUGCCUGAAAUUACUUCUAAUAUUAUUGCUGCAUUACAGGAAGGGUUAAGAGGUGUGAAAUUCUUUAAUCACGUUGAAGGCAUUCACGUUCCGAUUUGUGGAGGAUACCUCGUAAACUGUGGUGAUCUCAGCAUUGAGGAAAUAAAUUUUGGGCGCUCUUAUGGGAAAUUUGAAAGUGAAGGUAAAAGACUUUCAUUCCGUUUAAAAGUGAAGCGACUAGCUUUCACACCGUUAUCUGUUUCAUAUCGCAAAGUAAAGAGUAAGAGUGAAGUGAUGAAAAAAGCAGUCUGUAACGUUGUUAUUAGUGAUAUGAAGGUUAAAACUAAUGUGGAACUGUAUUUGUAUACAUCUGGUCGUUUGGUUGUUCGUUGUAGUGAUGUUAGUGUCUCCAUUGGUUCCUUGUACAUUGACUGUUCAGCUAAAUUACUAAAGAUCAUUGGAUUCUUUCUGCGUCCCCUUAUUGUAUGGAAACUGGAACAUGCUAUAACCACAUUUCUGCGGGAUACUAUCACUAUAGGCGCUGCAUAG